AAUGCCAAAACUGGCAUACAAGCACAUGUUUUAUGGAGAGAUUGGAACGCCGAGCGAGUUGAAUGAACAAAUAGUAUUUGAAGGAAGGUUUUAUAUAGGAGAGAAUGUCCAGGGCGAUCCGAGGUUUGACGGAGAAAUCCAUUCGUCAUGGCUUACCGGAGGAGAAGAUUAGCGAGCUCCACGACACAUUUAAGAUAUUUGACCGUAAUGGGGACGGGAUGAUCACCACCGAUGAGCUGGGUACCGUCAUGGCGUCUUUAGGGCUUCGACCAACUCUUCAGGAACUCAAAGCCUUGAUCAGAUCUGUGGAUGUCGACAGGAGUGGAACGAUUGACUUUGACGAGUUCUGGAAAAUCUUUGUGAAAAAGAUGUCCGUAGAUCCAGAGAAAGAACUGUACGAAGUUUUCGCCAUUUUUGACAAAAAUCACGACGGAUUCAUUUCCCCGGCGGAACUGUUUGCUGUCCUGGCUCAGCUCGGGGAACGCGUGACAAAGGCAGAGGCACGUGAAAUGAUCAGAGAAGCUGACACAAAUAAAGACGGCAAGGUGGACUACGAAGAAUUCCAAGCCAUUCUUUCGGGAAAUUGAUAUUCGGAUUGAGCUUCAUCUGAUGCUGAUCGACUUCAAGAAAAACGAGAGUUGGCCUAUCGGCCUAU